AUGUCAGUUAGUCAAGUAAGACCAAAACCUUGGGAAACUGCUAACGCUGGGUCACUAAGUGAUAUCGGUGCUACUAUGGAUAACUUUUCUAUUCCAGCUCCUCAGUCAGACAACUCAGGCAAUGUUUCGGUCGGUGGAGAUGCUCCUAGUCUUCCAGCAAAGCCAAGUAAUAUCAAAGGUGACUUAGAUUACAGAGAGCCUACCCAACCAUACCAUAUGAAUGCUGCUCCUUAUGGAGGGAGUAUGUUUCAGUCUGGAGGUAUGUAUGGUGGUUCUAUGUAUGGAGGUGGAUAUGGUUCUUUGUAUAACGGAGCGUAUGGCUCAAUGUAUGGAGGUGGAGCUGGAGGAAUGUACGGCGGUGGAUACGGCCUAGGUGGGUAUGGAAACAAUGCGAAUGGUAGUAGUAUUACAGAAUCCACUCAGACAACCUUUCACCUGAUUGAGAAUAUGAUUGCUGCUGUUACCAGUUUUGCUCAGAUGCUAGAGGCGACUUAUGUUGCAACGCACAAUUCAUUUGUAACUAUGGUAUCAGUAGCGGAACAGUUCCACAAUGUGAGGGAGAUGCUGGGAUCACUCUUUGGGAUCUUUGCAAUUAUUAAAUUCCUCAAGAAGAUACUCUAUAAAAUUACGGGUGGUAAGAUGGGUAUACCCUCCAACUCACAGAUAACCCAGAACGGCCGGAACACUGGGAAUAAGAUGCUUGAUGAGUUUAAUGAAUUUAGAGUGGGUAGGGACUCUUUUGCUGUUACUGAAAAGCGCGCGAAGCCAAUAUCUUGGAAACCACUGAUUGUGUUCAUGGCCGCAGUGUUUGGAUUUCCGUGGUUAUUGAAUAAGUUUAUCUUCAAGCUGCAAGAAAUGCAGCGAGCAGGAAGAAUUGGAGGCAGGAACAACCAAGAGUUGGAGCAGCUGGAUUUUAGCAAGCUACAGUUUGCCAGGGCACUGUACGACUUUGUGCCCGAAAAUCCGAAUGUUGAAUGUGCUCUAAAGAAGGGUGAUUUGAUGGCUAUUAUAAGCAAAUUGGACACUGCCGGUAACGACUCACAAUGGUGGAAAGUCAGGACGAAGAAAGGGGAUCUAGGAUACGUUCCAAGUAACUACCUAGAACUCAUAAUGAGAACGAAAGAGACUGCAACGAAUUGA